AGGUUUGUCUUUGGUUCUCACAACAAAAGCUAACUCUUACAAGUCAUAUUUUCUGGAGGAAUCCGAGAACAAGAUAAAGGCUGAAGUAUGCAAGAAGCAGUAGUUGCAUCGGCGCUCCUACAAUUGAUUUUCAAGAAACUGGCUUCUAGCAUUCUGUUGGAAUUCGGUCUGUUGCUUGGUGUAUCUGAAGAUCUUGAAAAUCUAAAGAUAAUUCUUUUGACUGUAGAAGAUGUGCUGGAGGAUGCUGAGCACAGGUUGGUAAAAGACAAGUCUCUUGUUAAUUGGCUGAGGAAGCUCAAAGAUGCAGCCUAUGAUGCAGAUGAUGUUCUUGAUGCGUUUCAAACUGAAGCACUACUGCAUAGAAGAACAGGAAAGGUGAGCACCUUCUUUUCAUCUUCGAACCCAAUUGCUUUCCGCUUCAAGAUAGCUCAUAAGAUCAAAGAUAUCAUGGGAAGGUUGGAUGUCAUUGCUGCUGAAAGAACCAAAUUCCAUUUGAGGGAGGGAGGAUCAUUUUCCUUGGAUCAAAGGCGUAAUGAAGUAAAUUGUGAAAGGCAGACAAACUCAUUCAUAAAUGAAUCGGAGAUUUAUGGAAGAGAUGAAGAUAAAGAACGCCUGAUAAGAUUCUUGACUGAUGAUGAGAAUAAUGAUGACAGGGGUCUUUCAGUAUUACCAAUAGUUGGCCUAGGAGGUCUUGGGAAGACUACACUUGCGCAGUUAGCUUAUAAUGAUGACAGAAUUAAGCGGCACUUCGAGCUGCAAGUAUGGGUUUGCAUCUCUUUAUAUUUUGAUAUAAGGAGAAUAACAAAGGCAAUUAUUGAAAGUUCCACUUGGAAUGUAUGUGAUCUCUCUGACAUAGAACCUAUGCAACAUCAACUAAGAGGAUUGUUUGAGGGGAGGAGAGUCUUGCUUGUGCUAGAUGAUGUUUGGAAUGAAAAUGAGCACAAGUGGGAUGAGUUGAAGCACUUGCUGAGUGGUGGUACUAUGACACAAGGAAGCAAAGUCAUCGUGACAACACGAAGUAUCAGAGUGGCAUCAAUUAUGGGCACGGUGCCUUCACUGCAACUAAGUGGUUUAUCAGAGGAUCACUGUUGGACUUUGUUCAGGCAAAGAGCAUUUGGAAGAGGAAAAGGAGAAGAAACCCUGAGACUUGUGGCAAUAGGGAAAGAUAUUGUCAAGAAAUGUGGGGGUGUGCCCUUAGCAGCCAAAGCUUUAGGAAGUUUAAUGGCCUUCAAGAGAUCAGAAGGUGAGUGGUUAUCUGUCAGAGAUAGUCAAUUGUGGAGAUUGCCUGAAGAAGAGGUAGGGAUAUUGCCUGCAUUGAGGCUGAGCUAUGAUCAUUUGCCGUCACACUUGAAGCAAUGCUUUGCUUAUUGCUCUAUAUUUCCGAAAGAUUAUGAAAUUGACAAGGAGAAGCUGAUUGAAAUGUGGGUGGCACAAGGUUUUAUCCUGCCAUUUGAUGAAGGCACAAUGCUGGAGGAUAUUGGAAAUGAGUACUUCAACAAUUUGUUGUGGCGAUCUUUCUUUCAAGAUGUCCAAUGGAAUGGGUAUGCCAAUAAAGUCACCUGCAAGAUGCAUGAUUUAAUACAUGAUCUUGCUCGAUAUGUUGCUGGAGAAGAAUGCUUCGUGGCUGAGAUUGGCAGCAAAGAGAGAUUAAAUAUUCCUGGUGGAUGUCGAUUCUCUGCAGUUGUUUGCAGUAAGAAUUCAUCAGAAAUUCCAUUUGCACUGGACAAGCAGAAAAAGCUUCGAUCGCUUGUUUUAUUGUUAAAGGAUUCUUACACGUAUAUAGACCUAAGAAGUGCAGUUAAAGAAGUCCCGGCAAGGAUGUUUUCAAGUCUACCACAUUUGCGUGUGUUAGAUUUAAGCAGAAGUAACAUAAAAGAAUUGCCUAUCGCAAUUGGCAGAUUGAAACAUCUACGGCUUCUCGACAUGUCAAGAACAGAGGUUGAAACAUUGCCUAACUCCAUCACUAGUCUGAUCAACUUGUAUAGGCUGAAUCUAGAGUACUGCUGUCGACUUCGUGAGCUUCCGCAAGGCAUAGCUAGCAUGUUUAACUUGAGGCAUUUAAGGAUUUAUGAAUGUUUAUCAUUGACUCAAAUGCCAAAGAGGAUGGGACAAUUGCAGGAUCUUCUGACAUUGUCUAAAUAUGUUGUUGGGGAAGAUGUUGGACGCACCAUCAUGGAAUUGAGAAGCUUGAACCUUCUUUGUGGCCAACUGCAGAUUGAUAACCUUGAAAAAGUCAGAGAUGCAUCGGAAGCAAAUGAAGCGAACUUGAAGGCAAAGCAGAACCUUCGAUCACUUUACCUGUGGUGGAAGAUGGGUGUAAAUGAAGGUCCACGGCGAGAAGAAUAUGUGGAUGAAGAUGUACUAGAAGCUCUCCAGCCGCACCCGAGUCUUGAGAAGCUGGUUAUUAUUGGGUAUAGAGGGUUCGCAAUGCCGAAGUGGAUGACAACAGCAGAAUCAUUGCCAUCGUUAUCAUAUUUGGUGAGUAUCACAUUGAACCGUUUGAAGAGAUUGCAAGAACUGCCACCAUUCGGCCUUCUACCAGCCCUCAAGGUUCUCAACAUUUACGACAUGGAAACUUUAUGCAAAAUUGGUAAUGAGUUUUUUGGAGAGAGCGGCACCUUCCCAUGUUUGCAAGAGCUCAAUUUGUGUGAUAUGCCUAACCUGAAGGAAUGGUUGACUAAUCCAGUUUCUGGAAGUGCAGCAUUCCCUUGCCUCUCUGUUGUGACCCUGAAGGGAUGUCCAAACCUGACGGUAGAACCAUGCAUUCCACCAUCGAUCCAAACUAUCAGUAUUAGUUAUAGCAAUGCAGGUGUGCUCUCAGCUGACAGCCUUAGGAAGCAGAGAUCAUCUUCCCUUGUUCAAUUACAAAUUCAAGAUUGUAAAUCAUUAUCAUCGUCUUCGCUGUCAUCUGUUUCAAUGUUCGAUGGACUGCAGUAUCUCACGGUGCUCAAAGAUCUAUCCAUUGAGCAUUGUGAACAGCUAACUUGUUUACCUCUGUUUAUUUUUCAGCAACAGCAACUGGGCAGUUCAAUCUGUAGCAUAACCAUCAGUCAUAAUCCAAAUUUGAUUUCUUUGGGAGGUGAAGAAGUGAAAGAGAAAAUUUUUACUGCACUCAAGUAUCUUGAAAUAAGAGGAUGUCAUAGAUUGGUUACAUUGCCCGAGUGGGUGGGAAGGCUUGUUUCUCUUCAGUCUCUGAAGAUUUGUCAUUGUUCUAGUCUUAAUAUACUACCACAUUUGCUGGUAAACCUUGCGCAACUCCAGGAUUUAACCAUCAAACAUUGCCCUCUCCUAACGCUAAAGUGUUGGAGGAAUAUUGACAUCCGCAAAGAGUGGCACAAGAUGGAGCACAUUCGACAUAUCGACAUCGACUUUUAAGACUGGUAAAUAAACAUGGCAUUGAUGUUCUAGUAAUUUUUUUUUAUAUAACUUAUAUACUUCGUCAUGGUUCAAUUUUAUAGAUUUUUAAUGGAACUCAUCCAAUUAACUGAUCUCAA